AUGUGUAUAACCACAGCGUCGCUACUGAACACAACCAAACCAGGAGGACUUUUUGAGGACAUGUUGUCAAUGAGUAAAGUGAUUAUAGGAGAUGAAGCGUCGCAGAUACCAGAACCCGCACUCGUCGCUAUGUUAGGACGAUUCCCUUUAGCUAAGCACAUCUAUAUUGGAGACGUGAAUCAACUAGAACCCCACGUCCGUUGCCCCCGGUCUUCGCGAGCCGCGCGAUUGGGCGCCAAAGGCAUCAUGGAGUUAUUAAUGGCGAAGGAGACCCCGCUGGUUCAACUCGUCACCACAUAUAGAGCUCAUCCCGCACUUAACGCAUUACCGAACAGGCUCGUAUACGACGGAGACCUCGUUAGCGGCACCCCAGCACGGCGGCGACAGAUGCUCACGAGCCACGCCAAGUUACCGAACCCCGAAUUACCACUAGUGGUCAUCGACGUUCCGGGCAGAUCGAGGUUAUCGCCAUCGCAGUCCCAUUCCAACGAACAGGAAGCGCAGUGCUGCAAGGAGUUAAUUCGCGGAUUGAUUGCUAAGGACAUACCAGCCGCGUCGAUCGGAGUGAUCACCUUCUAUAAGGACCAACAACGUCUUAUGGAAGAAGCAGCAGCGAAACUGGGCGUACACCUUUUCACGGUCGACUCCGUACAAGGGAGAGAAAUGGAUAUCGUAGUAAUACUGACGACUCGCACGACGGUCGACCGUUCCUCAGGAGAAUUCAUAGACGACCUAAAAAGGCUAAACGUCGCUAUCACACGUUGUCGACACGGCCUUUUUAUUCUAGCCAAUGUCGGCGCACUUCAUGACCUACACAACUGGGGCACGUUGAUCCACUGGGCUUACGAACAUCGCACGGUCAUCACCGAAUCCCAGCUUCCAGACAUCUUCGCAUAA